CUCGAUGAAUCACACAGUGCGAGUGAGGCGGUGGACGAGGAAGGGGCAAGCAAGUCUCUGGAUCAAUCAAACCUCAGCCUGAGGUCCUCAGCCUCGGUAGCCAUCAACUUUCAAGAAAUCCUCAAGCGCGACCGUCCGAACGGAGGCUUGGGUUUCUUUCAGAAUGAGAAAGACGAGGAAAAGAACAUAGUGGAGAUCUCAGGAGAGAUGAUCGACGAGGCACUCUAUAACUCCAACGUUUCGGAUGCUGGCCGCCUCCUAUCCCUUUCUCUGGUGGGAUUGAGGAUAUCGAAUAUCACCAGAUUGAAUAAGAUGCACAUGCUUCGUAAUUUAGAUCUUUCGUAUAAUCGGAUAACAUCCAUGAAGGGACUAGAGUCCCUUUACCAGUUGAGGGAACUGAAGCUAACUUGUAACAAGAUUACAGUGCUCAAUGGAAUCAUGAAGCUGACUGCGCUCGAAGCUCUCCACCUAGAGAUCAAUAGGGUUGAGACGAUCGGCAAGCAAAGUCUGCGAGACAACAAGAAAUUGAAGACCUUGUGCUUGGACGGAAACAACCUGACACAGAUCAGCGGGCUGGACUCCCUCGUCAUGCUGACGCGGCUUGACGCUUCUCAGAAUCACUUGACACGCCUGGAAGGGCUGGGUAUGCUCAAGUGCCUUGAAAGCCUCUCGAUGUCUUUCAACAGCAUUCGAGUCAUCGAGGGCAUGAGCGCGCUGGCCAGACUUCGUGAGCUCGAUCUGUCCAACAACGAGAUAGCGUCAGUCCAGGCAAGACAUCAGGGUCUCAAGACAUGUGUAAAUCUCGAAAUUCUUCGAUUGGACCAUAACGCCAUCUCUGACAUUCGUGGGCUGCCGAAGUCAGUGUAUCCUCCUGUUGCGCAGUUGUGA